UGGAAAACGGGCGGGAGGCGGGCUGGGGGAGGAGUCCAAAUUACGUCACUGCAAAGGAAAAAAGUAUAGUGUGGAUGAAUGCGGGUUAACAUCAGUUGCAAAGAUAUCGUUGUGAGAUCAGGAACCUGAUUUACAGUGAGGCACACCUGAAGAGUGAAGAGUGCGAUCGGUGAACACUCGGAGCUGUUGUCCCGCAUCAGGACACGUCUCAAAAUUACCAUUGAGAUCACGUAUACGUAUGGAUCCAGAGGAGGACAUUGAGGAUGAUGUGUUUCAUCCGCCAGAACUGGACAGGUACCCACACACAAUAAGUGGGACGUUCCGACAUUGCAGCACUUCCCCACGGGCAAACCCUUUUUUUAUUUGCCAGCGCUUUCGAGAAGUGAAAUACGUGGAUCAGAGCACACAGACAACGAGUAAUCACGUGACGAGCUACAGCAGCAUGCUGCCUUACGGGGUUCAAGAUGAGCCUUCAUUUCUCUUUUACGGUACAGCAGCCCAUCGCUUGCACUUCCCAGCACAUUUUGAGGUGGAUCGCGAUGGGGACACGGAAGAAGGAAUGGCAGAAGAAGAACAGGAGCCUGGUCUGAGCGCAGAAGCACAGAUCGGCCAAAAGCUUCAAAGAAUUGGAGAUCAGUUCCACAGAGAUUACACACAAAUGCUACAGCAGAACCAAAGGAACCCCCAGCCAUUGUGGUGGAGGAUGGCCGUCACCUUGUUGGCCUUUCUUUUUGAUCGAGAUGCAGGUCCGGAUCGAAUGGACGCAAGAUGAGAUGGGGCUGACACUUGUUCUCAGGACGAUACUGACAUCAGACGGCUCUGGUGGACUAAUGGCGGCUUUGAGAAAUUCCUCAUCAUUGCUGGUCAAUGAUGUUUGUUUUUAAAAUCGGUUCCUUCGGCAUUCUCCAGAGGACCUCAAAAUUCAUCUUUCAUGGGAACACGUGUUUGUACUUUUUUUGGUUUGUUCUUUCUUAAAACUUGAGAAAUGUUAUUUUGUAAAGUAUGUCGGCAAUUUGCACUUCUUCACAUGUUUCACCUCAAACAAGUCACAGCCAUUUGAUAAUGAUGCCUUACUGUCUGUGCUUUUGGGUAACUGUUCUAAAAACCGGGGGAAAGAAGAGUGCCACUUAUGGACCUUGUCCAGAUAAUGAAAUAAUGGCCGCUCUUGACGGUGGCCAUCACUUUAUUUUUUGUUGGUUUUCUUCUUUUCUGCUUGUUACAUUUCUGGAGUAAAGAGCUCAUUGACUGCUCUUGGCUUCACACUGAACGAAAAGAUCCUGAGGUGGUCCACUAAAUGCACGGCCAGCUGCCUUUCAGGAUUCAAGGACUAAACGGAUCUCCAAAAUGAUUUUCUUUCUGAUUGGUCCUAGCAGGAGUAAAAUGAUUGGGACAAGAGUGAAGAAAGAGAACCUCAAGAGUUUAACAAACAGUUUGGAAUUGUCAGGUUUGGACAUAAUUGGAUUUUCAAUGCACUCUUUCAAGCAGUUGUUUGUUAGAGAAGAAAAUGCAACAAUUUCCUGUGUCAUCUGAUUUUGAAAUUUCAGGUUUUUGCUUUGCUAAUGCAAAAAACAUUCAUCCUCGGGGAGAAUUAGAGAGCAACCCAAUCUUGCACUAGAUUUUUGUUGGACACUGCAUUUUUUCACAAGUCUUCAACAUGAUGCCAAUUUUAAUGUUGUGCUUCACUCUUCCUUCCUCUUUCAAAAAAGUUCAACAACUCAACUCCAUCUCUGAAUUAUUAUAAACUGAUGAAAGAACGAUUAACUGACCCCUUUACCCAACUCACUCCAGUGUUUUACAUGUCUUCAGAGCUCAUGGACAACUGCCUUAUUUUAUUUUAGCGUGGUAAUUGCCUUGUGUUUGUAAAUCAUGAAACAGAAAAUAAGGAAAUGAAUUCAGAGCUGAGGUAUAACUUUCAUUUUUCAUUUUCUGAAAUCAUAGGCAUUGUAUAUUCCAGUUCUUGCAUUGUCACGCUUCUGUCCCUUUUUGGUGGUAGCUGGGCCCUCUAGAGUUAAUCUAAGAUACAACACGGACAAAAGCUAAUAGCUCAGGUCUAGCAAACGUCUUCCCAAGUCACAGCAAUCCUCAACGCCACACUUCCCUCACAUGGAUGGGCUUCCAUACUUCUCAGUCUCUGCACCUUUAAUUUCACCUCUUUUCACAUUUAUCCAAAAUUUGCAGUCCGACCCCAGACUAAUGUUCCUCUGUUUUGAUGUAUGCAGACACAGAUUUGAGAGUAGCAUACAUUACACUUAAGACAAGGAAAGUACAUUGAAAUUUGCUCUUCUUCAACAUCUAUGACGUGACCGUUAUUUUCAGGACCCUGCUUGGUAAACAUUUAGUUUUUAGCAUUGUAUGUGUUUCCUGCAAAAAGACAAAAACUGAGCCAGCCAGUGUAGCCUGACUGAUUGCGACCCUCAGGAUUUCUUUAUUGUCUGCACUCCACUCCACUAGAUAUCCAAAAGGGGACAGCCUGUACUGCUUUAACUUAUUCUCUGUAAUUUAUUUUAUGUACAUUUGCUUAAUUCUACUGUAUGGUGUGCAAUGGUUUGUUUUUAAUGUUAGAUUAUUCUUUAUUACUUCUUUUUUUUUUUUUUUUUUUGUCAGUGUGGACAAUGUUCCAGGGGAAGUGCCAGAAAACUCAGAAACCUAGAGAGGCAGGGUGUGAGUGUGCUUUAGGCCCCAGCCUCAGCCACAGCCCGCACAUGCAUCUCUGGCACAACUCAGGUUCUUUGCACUCAAAAAGUAAUCAGACUGUCAUGAGCAUGCUGGGCACGUCAAAUCCUGAAAGUAGAAGAAACUUUGCAUUCUGAUUUUUUUAUAUCGUUUUUGAAGUUUCCCUAUAUGGAGGAAUAUGUCAGCCAAAUUUAAGACAAAUAAAUACAGAGGUAAAUUAAUGCACUGUGAAAUGUGACAUUACAUAAAUAAAAACAUGGCCAAAUGUGAGUAUACAUAGUUAAAUGUGUCACAAAAUACAUAUUUUUUUUCUUAUUGAUUUAACUAUUUCUCCAUUUAUUUAUUUCAGUGACACCACUUGCAACAUUAAUUAUAUGCAAUGAAAUGAAAACUGUCACUUUCACGUGUCAAAGUUCAGCGGUCAGGUUCUAGCAAGUACUGUGUUUUAAAUGGUGAAUUAUCAGUACAUGGGACAUAAAUCUUCAGCUGUCAUUGAGCACAUAUACAGAAAAAACUUCAGGCGCAAAACCCUAAUAAAGAAUUCAGAGCUUCUUGAACUAAAGCAAGUGCGAUGUGCAGUAAUUAUGGAUAAUUUUUUUAGAACAUUUAACAAUGAUAAGACCAACAAAACUUGCUAGUCCUUUCUACCUAAUUUACCCAAAUAACAGAAACUUGAGUUCUCAAGGUCCAUAAAGUUCUGCUGUACAGCAAUUUACUCUGCCAUUUAUUUAUCUUACACUCGUACAAAGUGAUGUAAGGAGCAGCCAAUAGAGGCAGGUCCCUUAGAAUUAGUUGACCAGUCACUCAAUUCUUGUAUGUUGAGGAGUGGAAAAUGACAGUUUUCAUUUCAAGGUUUAAUCCUGGUGUCCUUGAAAGAAGUGAAAUAAUUAAAGAAAUAUAUGAAGAAAUUGGCAGCAUAAAAGAUAGAUUUUGUGUGACAAUUCAUUAUUUGUACUUAUUAUUA